AUGAUGUCGUGUCAAUGCCUCGUUCAACCGCCCGUCUUUGAUUUACCGCCGCCGCCAGAUCUUUCAUUGGUUUGGAAUCUCAUCAGUGAUGAUGUUAUUGAGCCGCAAGCCGAUUGUGAAUGGGGUCCUUUCAUUACCAUAACGGAUGUCUCAUCAAAAAUCUCAUCCACUCCACUCUCCAUUCGUUCACUUGUAGUCAUCUCCAUAAUCGCUUCGAUGAUUUUUCUCUCACUAUGCGUCACCGUAAUUUGUCGCAUUAAAAGGGGUAUAUCUCGUCGUAAGGCAACAAAAUCUACGUCAUCAGAUGGAAUACUCACUGCUGCCGAUAAUGUUUGGACGUAUAACUCAAUGAAAAAUUCUUGCUCGGGUUCAACGAGUGUGCUAGUUUGCAAUGGAACAACACAUAAUCAGGCCUACCAGAAUACACCUGGAACGAUACGUUCUUAUGGGACUUCUUCCUCAGUGAAGCCAGUUCCUCUACGCUCGUGUACCUCAACUACUCUUCAUCUACGUUUACGGGAUGAUUCGGCAGCAUAUUACACUGUUGGUCGAUGUGCCAUGUCACCAACGGAGUCAUAUGAGGAAAUUCCACCUCGAGCACUUCAUGGGUCGCAUCUACACAAAAAGUAUGGAGGUCUGGAAAGUAGUUCGUCGUUUGUGCGAGAAUCGUGCCGUCGACCGCCACCGACGUGUCGUCCACCACCGAUACCACUGAUGAAUAUUUCAAACGAGUUCAGUUCUCAUGGCAGUGAUCAGGGCAGUAUCGAUCACGAACUCGCCAGGAUUUCGACAGACUCUCCUCCUCUUCCGCGUUCGGAAGAAGGGGAGCGGCGAAGUGGUGAAGGACGAGAAAGUGGAUACGGUACUGCACCUAGUCGGCAGUGGAGAAGUCCUCCAGCUAGGUAA